AUGACGCAGCUCGUCGAUCACUUCCUAGAAAACGGAUCUGAAUUCGGAUUAUUUCUCAACAUUCCGCGAUUGAGACAUUCGCGACCGAGCCCGGCCCUGCACUCGGCCCUAAAUCUCUGGAGCAUACAUCUGUCUCGCGAACGAUCGCUGCUUGUCCACGAGCCUGAUUUUCUCACUCGCGCUUUGGCUCUCGCGAGUCGCGGUCUUGUGGACAAUCACCCUCAGCGCCUCUUGCACACUAUCCAAGCUGAGGUUCUGCUUGCCUAUUAUUUCUUCUCUUCGGGUCGCUUCUUGGAGGGCAAGUACCACACAUUUGCUGCCGUCUCGCUGAGCCUCAGCUCGUCUCUCCACCUGAUUCGAGCGGCAGGCCAUCCGCCGUCGUCCCCCCUACCAGCAUCCAAAGACGCAAUUGAUGAAGGGGAGCGCAUCUGCGCCUGGUGGACGGUGAUGGUCCUCGACCGAUGUUGGUCAGCUGGCUUGGGCGAAUCUCCUGGGCUCAGCUACGCAGAUAGCUUGCAAAUCGUCGAUACACCGUGGCCACUAGAAUCGGAGGAAUAUCCUCGGAGAAUACAAAUCCCCGUUGUUUCCUCGUGUAACACCAUCCAAGCAUUCAUCGAUGGGGAGCCACCGUCAGCUUCUGGCAUGUCAACCAUGGCCAUGCUAUCCAAGGCUGCAAUCCUAUGGCAACGCGCCGACGAAAUCGCCAGACUCGGCUGGAGUGCAACCACCGAGUUUCACCAGCUGGAUGCACGAAUUGAUUCCUAUAGAAGUCUAUUGAUACCUCCCAAUCGUCUGAUGCACCCAUCAGCGAGCAUGACGAGGACGCUGGCUGUCGCGCACAGCAUCGCCCACGCAGCAACCAUCCGCUUGCACAGUGCCGUCCGCCUCUCUAGUCACGCGGGGAGAAACAAGCGCCUCGUCGCGGCGAGGACUAUUCUCGGCAUCAUCGCUGCAGUCGCGUUGACGAGUUUCCAGUUCAUCAAUCCAAUUAUGGGGAUAAUCUGGCUGGAAGCUUCUAAUCUUCUAUUGGAAGUUCUGACCGUACAGAUCCAAUCGCGGUCGCAGGGAGGACCGCCCCGAGAAGAGGAACUCAACCUGCGCACCUUUCUGUCUAAAGCAGGCAGGGCGAUUUCUUCCUUCAAAAGUAACGGCGGCCUCAUAGGCUCUCAAGUCGAAGAAAUAGAACAGAAGCUCAUUCAAGUUGGAAUUUAUUCAUAA